AUGCCAGAAAACCUUGUGGCGGAUGCCGAAGCUGCCAUGGUUUGGGAACAUUCAUUGACGCCUCGUCGCGCCUUGAAGCUAUAUUCCAAGGCUGUUUGGUUUGGUGCUUAUAUCUCCCUCGCGCUCGUCAUGGAGGGAUUCGACACCAAAAUCACAGGGUCACUCUACGCGGUGCCUGCCUUCCAGGAAGCCUUCGGUUCUCGACAACCGGAUGGGUCCUAUGAAAUCUCCGCGGCUUGGCAAAGCGGAAUAGGCGGCAUAUCUGGUGUUACGUCUAUACUAGGAAUGUUCAUGGGUGGAUAUGUCUCCGAGAGGUUUGGGUUCCGGAAAACGAUGAUGACCGCUCUGGUUUCUAUGCCACCUAUCGUUUUAAUUUUUUUCUUCGCACCGCGUCUCGAAGUCUUGGCUGUUGCCGUGUUUCUCAUGGGUAUGUCUUUUCCUCUGGGCAUUUUUCAAACUGUAACCACAGUAUACGUCACUGAUAUCUCGCCCACCGCACUUCGCCCUUACCUCACAAGCUGCUAUUCGCUAACCUGGGCUCUGGGUCAACUUUUGAACGCCGUCGCCUUUCGUGGCACUCUUAGUUUGCCCAGUCCGUGGUCAUACCGAGUUCCUUUCGCUCUUCAGUGGUUUUGGCCAAUUAUCAUCAUCGCCGGUGUAUACUUUGCACCAGAGUCUCCUUGGUGGCUUGUACGCCAGAACCGCCUGGACGAGGCCGAGGCCGCUGUGGCCAGAUUGACUUCUGAGGACUUGGAUAUCGAGAUUAAAAAACUCGUCUCCUUGAUGGUCUUCACCACACAGCACGAGAAAAGCAUCGAGUCUGGUACGAGUUAUCUCGCAUGUUUCAAAGGGAUGAAUCUCCGCAGAACUUUCAUCGUCAUGGGCGUUUAUAUUAUGCAGGUGCUGACUGGCGCACCCUUGCGGGGAUUCAUGACCUACUUCUUCAAGCAAGCCGGCCUACCUACCGACCAAUCGUUCAACAUGACUAUAAUUGCAUUGUUGCUCUCUGUACUUGGAGUUCUUGGUGCGUGGGUCGUGAUGACCUAUGCUGGCCGAAGAACAAUGUAUCUCUGGGGUAACAUACUGACUAUAGCCCUUUUCAUAGCCAUAGGCGGUAUGGGAGUUCAUCUACGAAGUUCAUCGUCUUCAGCAACGGCGUGGGGCAUUGGAUCUCUCCUCGCGGUGGAUGGCUUUGUGGCCAAUCUCUUGGUACUUCCCGUCACUUUCGUGCUGGUUUCGGAAAUUCCAUCUUCAAUCCUUCGAAGCAAGUCAGUUGUGGUUGCACGAAAUACCUACUCUGUUGUCAACAUUGUCGCCGGCACAGUCACACCGUACAUGCUUAACCCCACAGCUUGGAAUUGGGGUGCGAUGACUGGAUUCGUUUGGGCUGGAGCUGGCGUUAUCGGAUUCACCUUCACAUAUUUCAUGGUUCCAGAGUCCAAAGGCAGGACAACCGCAGAGAUGGAUAUUUUGUUUGAGCGGAAAACCCAUGUCUGGAAAUUCAAGGAAACCAAGGUCUCCUUUUCCCACAUUGAAGGAGACGGGCUACCCUAG